GCGAUUCGCCAUUGGCCUGGUUUGCGUCCAAAAGGCCGACGUGUAAGACGGAUUUGCCUGAUUUUAUGCUUGUCACUUUGGUUCUGACAGAGUUAUAGUUACAUGUUUGACGAACCCUCUUCUUAUCUUGAUGUCAAACAACGUCUCGCUGCCGCCCGUACCAUUCGAGAGCUUCUGCGACCCGACGACUAUGUUAUCGUUGUUGAGCACGAUUUGGCUGUCCUUGACUACCUUUCCGAUUUUGUUUGCGUGCUUUACGGAAGACCUGCGGUUUAUGGUGUGGUCACAUUGCCCUCUUCGGUUCGUGAAGGUAUCAAUAUCUUCUUGGAUGGUCAUAUCCCAACUGAGAACCUUCGAUUCCGAGAGGAAUCUCUCACCUUCCGUCUCGCCGAAGCAGGUGAUGACUUCCUGGUUAACAGGGACCGUGCUUUCAGCUAUCCAAGCAUGGAGAAGACUCUUGGUAACUUCCACUUGAAGAUUGAUGCCGGUAACUUUACAGACUCGGAGAUUGUCGUCAUGAUGGGAGAGAAUGGUACCGGCAAGACCACCUUCUGUAAGAUGCUUGCUGGCGCCGAGAAGCCCGAUAACGGUGUCUCAGUGCCCAAGUUGAACAUCAGCAUGAAGCCUCAGAAGAUUACCCCCAAGUUCCAAGGCACCGUUCGUCAGUUGUUCUUCAAGCGUAUCAAGGCGGCUUUCUUGUCCCCACAGUUCCAGACCGAUGUCUACAAGCCCCUCAAGAUCGAUGAUUUCAUUGACCAGGAAGUUCAGAACCUGUCCGGUGGUGAAUUGCAGCGUGUUGCUAUCGUCCUAGCUCUCGGAAUUCCCGCCGACAUUUACUUGAUUGACGAGCCUAGUGCUUAUCUCGACUCCGAGCAGCGUAUCGUGGCCGCGAGGGUCAUCAAGCGUUUCAUCAUGCACACCAAGAAGACCGCUUUCAUCGUCGAGCACGAUUUUAUCAUGUCGACUUAUCUUGCUGACAGAGUCAUUGUUUUCGACGGAAAGCCUUCCAUCGAUGCGCAUGCCAACGCCCCCGAGUCUCUGGUUACCGGUUGCAACAGUUUCUUGCGGAGUCUGGAUGUUACCUUCCGUCGUGAUCCCAACAGUUACCGUCCUCGUAUCAACAAGUACCAGAGUCAGAUGGACCAGGAACAGAAGUUGAGCGGCAACUACUUCUUCUUGGAAGACGAGAGUUGAAAAGGUUGUCCCAGGGAAGCGUGACCGCGACCGUCAUAGAGAUUAUGAUGAUCGCGACCCCCACCGGC